GGAUACAUUCAAUUCUGCAAACAACUCAACAAAAAAUAGGUAUCGAUGUAAUAUCGUAUCGGAAUUGUUGCUGCAUUUGGGUGUAGAAUUUUCGUUAAAAAGUGAUUGAGUGAAUUGAUAUUAUAUUGAUAGUCUUGUUCUUUUCUUACAUCUUAAUUUGGGAAGCUUCAUUCUGAAUCAUGGCACAACUGCCUCCGCGGAAGAAUCUAACACCAACCAGGAUCUCAAAACAGCACCUAUCACCAUUACAGACAUUGUUGCAAAUGGGUUUUACUAAGCAUCGAGCGGAAAAGGCCUUAGCUGCAACUGGUAACAGAGGAGUUCAGAUUGCUUCGGAUUGGUUGCUUGCUCAUGUAAACGACUCAACUUUGGAUGAAAAUAAUCCUCGCGAAUACAUUUUGUAUGCAUGCCCUACAGGGCCCUUUCUACAACAGUUGGAGGAAUUUUGGAAAAAGUCACGUAUAAUGUGUGGUUGGAAUGGUGCACACAAUUAUGUCCCACAUAUCACGUUGGUCUCAUUUUUUAAGGCACCCGACGAAAGCUCAUUGCAAUUAUCUAAAGCUCUGAAACAAGUAGUAGACAUGAGUGGCGCACUGCUAGAUCGGCCAUUAAAGCUGGAGCCUUAUAUGAGUCAAAAUUUUAUGGGUUUCUUUGUAGCCGAGGAUGACGCGAACUAUUUAAAACGGCUAUCGCUGCAAUACGUUAAGGAGGUGUCCAACUCAAUCAUAAGCGAUACAUAUGAGCAGCUCGAUGCAAUAGUCGCUUGCUUCCCAUGGUGCGGUGCUGUUUCGUCUGGUACACGUUGUAUACCUCGUAGUAGUCGAUCUAUAUCUUUGGAGCCCCACGUAAAAUCUCUGCAUCUUACCUUAGCAUAUCAGUUUCCGCAAAAUCAAUUUAAUGCACUUAAAGCAUUAGUGGAAUUGCUCGACGCAUCUUGCGCCUCGAAUUGGGAGCUGCGUUUAUACUCGCGCGAUCCUCGAUUAACCACGAAACAAGUUCAUAAGGUGGUGUACCCCCAUAGUCCUCAUGAAAUUGAUGAACUGGAGUUACGUAUUGGCGAUUAUAUUUAUUUAAGUACGGAUGCAGUUGAUAACUCUUGUGAUGGCUGGGUGGAGGGCAUUUCAUGGCUUACAGGAAGUUCUGGUCAUUUGCCAGUAAAUUACACUGAGCGCACUGCUGAGUCAGAUGCGUGGACAUUGCAUCGUGUCGUGCAGUUAUCAAAGUCGAUGACACCGUCGUUAACAUCGGCCGAAGAUAUCGAUAUUGUCGAUGGUCGUAGUAUUUCAAUUGACCAUGACGAACGAGAACGAAGUUGUUUGCAUCAUCAAAUUGGUUUACCCCAUGAAAUGCUAGAGGGGUCUUUGUUGAAUGAUGAAUCGGAGAAAAGCGUGGAAAAAUAUCUACGAAAAACAUUGGAGCCGUGCUUGGAUUUAUCAGUAACACAAAAUAGUAAUAAACUUCCCAAAUCUGGACGAACAAGUCAGCUGGUACAAUGUAGUAAACAGCAGGAAUCCCUGAACUUAGAAAACAUUGCAUCUCACGUCAUCGAAGUAGCUGCACGACGAAAGGAGAUGGAGAUAUUAGUAGAGCCGAUUGGGUUUACAGCACCACGAUACGAUGAUACACUUAGUAUUGACUCUGAGCGUUCACAAGAGGUUGGAAGUCUUGAGGCGGCAUCAGACAAAAAUCGGCGGAUGUACAUAAUGCGACAUGGAGAGCGCGUAGAUUUCACCUUUGGCACGUGGAUACCUUACUGUUUUGACGAAUUCAACAACUACUUACGAAAGGAUUUAAAUAUGCCCAAGAAAUUGCCACGAAGGCAAAGGAGUCCUGAAGGAUGGCAAAAUGAUUCGCCACUUACGAACAUUGGGCUUUUUCAAGCAAAGCUGACGGGAGAAGCCUUACUUGAAUGUAAUGUUCGCAUCGAUCAUGUUUACUGUUCUCCAGCCUAUCGUUGUAUACAAACCUGCAUAAGCACAUUAGAAGGUUUAAAUUCGCGCCACAAAUUUAAAAUUAAAUUAGAACCAGGUUUGUUUGAGUGGAUGGCUUGGUAUCCGGACGGUGUACCCGAUUGGCUUAGUAAACCGGAGUUAUUGGAGGCUGAUUGCAAUGUAGAUACAAACUAUGAUCCUUUUAUGUCUGUUAGUAAGCUGAACGACUGCAUCAAAGAAACGACAGAGGAGUUUUAUACGCGUAAUUAUGAAACUGCGCGCAAAAUUAUUGAAACAACUAGGGGAAACAUUUUAAUUGUUGCACAUGCAACCACUCUUGAUACAUGCACACGCCAAUUAAUUGGUGCAGAGCCGCGUAGCACAAAUGAAUUACGUCAAGUUAUACACAAAAUACCAUACUGCAGUUUGGGUAUUGUUGAGGAAGUAGGGAGUGGCAAUUGGAAAUUGGUGGAACCGGAAUGUUUACCUGUGACACAUUCGAAAAACCCUCGCUUUGAAUGGAAUGCUCUCACUGCCACAUAGUGUUCGUGCUUUGAUGGGAUGAUACCUUCUGAAAGUCGGGUGCAGAAGCUUUUUUGAAUAAAUAAACGAUUUAUUUUAUAGUAGAAACUUUAAUAUAUUGUAAAUUCUCAUAAUUAGCAACCAUUUUUUUUUUACUUAGCUCAGUAUAGUAAAUUAUGGUACAGAUUCAGCCGUUAUAAAAAAUAAUUUUAAGAGAAUGUAGUUUUAAUAUAUAAGCAUUCUUUUCUAUUUAAAUUCUUAUGUCUUAUUUAAGGCCCGAGGCCAAAAAUUUACCUUCGUUCGCUAUUCUAGUACCCUUUUAACCAACAUAUUCAUCCUUAUUAUCGAAUCCAUCAUUUACACUACGAAUACGAAAAAAUUACUUCUACUGAAUAAGGGAAUAAAGUUCUGCCAAACUCGUAUGUUAA